CCUCUCUCCCCUGUCUGCUCUUCUCUCUCUCGCCCUCUUACUGUGAGCUGGUGAUUAUUGUUAUUAUUCACUCUCUCUCUAUUGCACUGCUACUGACAAGCCUUUGCCUGCGGGGGAGGUUUUCAUCAACUCAGUCUAUUGUCAGGAGAGGAAAUUGCAAUAAAACGACAGCAGCAGCAGAAGCAGAAGCUCAUCUUCAACCGACAGCAACCUCUUGGUGCUUUAUACUAGGAAGGAAACAGAGAGAAAAUUAUAUUUAAUUAAAUAUUGAACUGGGGGAAAUAAGGCUGCUUUCCCAGGGAUUUAUUUCAUGGGGAUGUGUUCAAGGCAAGAGAGGAUUCAGAAGGAUAUCGACAUUGUAAUUCAAAAGUGCAAGGCGGAGAAGGACUGCCUGUUUUCAGAUUUCCGAUACUCGGACUCCACGUUUACCUUUACCUUCCUUGGUGGCUCAAAAAGUGUUGCCUAUUCUGUUCAUGUUUCUGAGGAUUAUCCAGAUAACACUUACGUUUCAAGCUCAGAAAAUGAUGAAGAUGUGUUAGUGACAACAGAGCCAAUUCCAGUAAUUUUUCACAGAAUUACAGAGCUGAGAAAAUCCAGUGAUGUCACCAACUGCCUAUCUAUAAAAUCAAAACUACAGAAAGAAAAUGGAGAGGAAUCCAGACACAGCAGUGCAGUUGAAGAAGAUUCUGAAGGAGAUGACUCUGAAGAAUUUUACUAUGGAGGGCAGGUUAGUUAUGAUGGAGAACUUCAUAAACACCCACAACUGGAAUCUGAUCUUGCUGCAGUGAGAGAGAUCUAUGGGCCCAAUGCUGUAUCUCUCAGGGAAUAUGGAGCAAUUGACGAUGUAGAUAUUGAUCUGCAUAUUGAUGUUAGCUUCCUUGAUGAAGAAAUUGCUGUUGCUUGGGAUGUGAUCCGAACGGAGCCUAUUGUUGUGCGUCUGCAUUGUUCCCUAACCCAGUACUUAAAUGGCCCAGUGCCUACAGUGGAUGUUUUUCAAAUUUCUACUAAGGAAAAAUUUGGUUUGGGACAUCAGUUGAAAAAAAUCAUGCAGACAUUUGUGACACAGCAAUGGAAACAAAGCAAAGAAAGAUUAAAUUGUUCGCACAAGAAAGUAUCUGAUAAGAAGGUUAAGUCCCCUCUGCACAUUUUUUCUACUUUGCGCAGGUCGCCAAGUUAUCCCCCACCUGGAUGUGGAAAAACUAAAGUAAAACUAAAGUCGGAGCAAGAUGGAAUUUCUAAAACUCACAAACUGCUAAGAAGGACUUGCUCUAGCACAGUGAAGGUGGAAGAUAUGUGUAACGCAAAGUCUCACAGAAACUUUGGCCGUUCAUUGUCUAGCGACCCUAGGGCUGAACAAGCAAUGGGUUUAAAACCCCACAAACUCUUGAACCGCCAAUGCUCUACAGCCAUUAAGCAGGAGGAAUGCAUUUCAUUAAAGCAACACAAACUGUUAAGUCGUUCCUGUUCUGGAGAGCCCAGAUGUGAGCACAAUAGCACCUUGAAGCCCCAUAAACUUUUAAGCAGGUCUUGUUCUAGUAAUCUUCGUAUGGAAGAGUUAGACGGACUCAAGAAUCACAAAUUACUCAGCAAGUCUUAUUCCAAUGCCCCUAAAUCUUCAAAAAUGGACCUUUUGAAAGAACCAAUUGCAGAGGGCAGGAGGCUCUCUCUUACCUCAGGGCUGAUUGGCAUCUUAACGCCAGCUACAUCGUCACAACCUGCUCCAAACAAUGGUGCAAAAAAUGUUCCCUUGAGAGGUCAUGGAUUUCUUGUCCAGACCAUAGAAUUUGCGGAACAAAGAAUACCUGUGCUAAAUGAAUAUUGUGUGGUUUGUGAUGAACCCCAUGUCUUUCAAAAUGGACCAAUGCUGAGGCCCACUGUGUGUGAAAGGGAGCUGUGUGUAUUCGCUUUUCAGACACUUGGUGUAAUGAAUGAAGCUGCUGAUGAAAUUGCAACUGGCGCUCAGGUGGUAGAUCUUCUAGUUUCAAUGUGCCGGUCUGCAUUGGAGUCUCCAAGGAAAGUUGUUAUUUUUGAGCCAUAUCCUUCAGUGGUUGAUCCCAAUGACCCCCAAACCCUGGCCUUUAAUCCAAGAAAAAAGAAUUAUGAUAGAGUCAUGAAAGCACUAGAUAGUAUCACUUCCAUCAGAGAAAUGACUCAAGCACCUUAUCUGGAAAUUAAGAAGCAGAUGGAUAAGCAAGAUCCCUUAGCCCAUCCGUUGCUGCAAUGGGUUAUCUCGAGUAAUAGGUCUCAUAUAGUAAAACUGCCAGUUAACAGACAACUUAAAUUUAUGCACACCGCUCACCAGUUUUUACUCCUCAGCAGUCCACCAGCCAAAGAAUCAAAUUUUCGAGCUGCUAAAAAACUCUUUGGGAGCACAUUUGCAUUUCAUGGUUCGCACAUUGAAAACUGGCACUCCAUACUGAGAAAUGGUUUGGUUGUAGCUUCCAAUACAAGACUACAGCUUCAUGGUGCCAUGUAUGGAAGUGGAAUUUAUCUUAGUCCUUUAUCAAGCAUAUCAUUUGGUUACUCAGGGAUGAAUAAGAAGCAACAGAAAGUGUCAGCCAAGGAUGAUCCCCCAUCAAGCAACAAAAGCAGUAGCGCAGUACAGUCGCAGAAAAAAGGACAGCAAUCCCAGUUUUUGCAAAGCCGUAACUUGAAAUGUAUAGCCUUAUGUGAAGUGAUCACCUCAUCGGAAUUGCACAAGCAUGGGGAGAUCUGGGUUGUUCCGAAUACUGAUCAUGUCUGUACACGGUUCUUUUUUGUAUAUGAAGAUGGGCAGGUGGGUGAUACAAGUAUUAAUACACAGGAGCCAAGCAUCCACAAAGAAAUACUCAGAGUCAUUGGCAACCAAACAGCUACUGGCUAAUAAUAGCUUACAGGGGUGUGGGGGGGCUUUAUCAGUCUCAAAGCUGGACUUUGUGCUGAGGAAAAUUAGGAAUAUAUUUAUUAUUUAAAGGAUGCUUACACUUAAAUCAGUCUUUUUAAUUCAUCACGCAAUGUCAAAGCUGAGGAAGACACAUAAGCUGGUGCAACAAGAUUAGUUUUAAAGGAUCUUCAAACUUUUAAGGUGUCUCAAAUACUAACAGAAACGCUUAACAAAAACAGCACGUAAGAAUUUUCUGAAAAUAAUUUCUUAGUACAUCAUUUGAAUAUCACUUGACUAUUUUCUACUAAAAUAACUGGUUCACCCUGCAAUAAAUCGACUUAACAAAUGGUUUAUGGACUUAUAUGUUAAGGUUAACCGGAGUAUGAAAAUAUAAUCGUAUUGUGUGCUGUGCUUAUCUGGAAGUUUUAUCCAAAUGUUCAGCAUUGGUUUUGCAUAUAGAAGUUGCUAAACUUAUACUCUGUUUUUGUUAACACAGAGGAAUCAUAAGGGGAAAAAUGUAAUAAAUCCGAACAAAAAAUAUUAAAUGAUAAUCACGGAUGGGUUGUAUCAUGAAAGUCACACAUUUACUUAUGAGUAUGUUUAGAGUAUGUGUUAAAUUAAAACAUUGCAGAAAGGUAAAAUUUGGCAGUUUUCUAUGUUCCCUUUCUAUUCUUAAGUUGAAGUCUAACAUUUUAUUGUACCCUUUAUUUAAUGUAUCGGUCAUCAUUGAGUGGUAAUAUCAUAUUAAUCUUGCAUAAGAUAUAUGUCGGGUCAUUUUCUUUUUACUUAACUCAAAAAAAGAGAUAAAUGCUACUUAAAGUGACAUUAAACUCAAAAUAUUUCUAUUAUAUGAAAGAGCACUAUUUAAACAUGUUAAUAUUUUUUUGUAUGUUUAUUUUGAUUUUAAAGCUAAAGGGAGUUCAUGUCAGUCCUUAAAGGCCAAUUAGACACCUAUUGCUUUUGUGUAAAACAAUGUUACUUUGUCCAACGCUCCCUAGAGAGGCCAAAAAGUAAAAUCAGUAACCUAGAUAUUUUCAAAAUGCUGCAAACUGCCUAAACCAGCUAUUUGAUUUGCUGUAUUUGUGGUUUCCCAAGUUUGUUCGUUUUAGAGGGAUUGUGGAACAAACACAAUUUUUACUCAAAAUCAUGAGGUGUUUAUUAAUAUUUUUUAAUGACUGAAUGAUCAUUAGCUAAUAAGGACAACUCCAGGUUGUUGUUUUUUUUUUUUUUUUCUCAGUACAGAAACAUCCUGUUUACAAGGAAAAAAAAAACUGUAAUGCAUUUUAAAAUUCUUUCUUUUAGAUGCAACAAAUAAUAAAAAAUAAAAAAUAAAA